AUGCCUCUAUACAAUGUCACCCUAAAAGAGAACGCCUCGCCCGAGGAGCUCACCAAGGCCAAGGAUAAGGCGAAGGCCGACGGCGGCAACAUCAAGCACGAGUUCACUUUGAUCAAGGGCUUUACCGUCGAGUUCCCGGAUGACAAGGUCGGUGUCCUCCAGACCAAUGACCACAUCCACGUCGAGCAAGACCAAGAUGUCAAGACCCAGUGA